AUGACAUGCCUGCUCUGCCAUCUACUGGCGUGGAGAUCACCCAAUCCAGAGGACGUACAAACUGCGGCUCGUUCAAACAUAGAGGAAGAUGAGAGAAGAAAGUCAGAAAGUGAUCGUGAUCCCUCUUCAGACACACAUCGGCCGACGCUUUUAUUGACAUCUGAUCAGCAAACCACAACCGAGAUCUGCGGUCAAAACCCAGAGAUUGACGAAGAUGAUGUCGAAACUAAAAUGGACAUCAGUUCGGAUAAGUUUGACCCACUGCUUGCCCUUUAUUCUCCACAAGUGCCUUUACCUUACCCGAAUAUCAAGUGCUUUAAUAACAUCGCCGAAUACCAGAGCUUUAUGAAGGGCGGUCGAGGCAGGGCCAAACCUGAAAAUGUGGAGAAAAGACUUCGAAAAGCACAGAGAGGGAAACCAGACCUGGAGAGGAUAGAGAGACUGAAGAAACUCAUGGUGAACAACCCGGUUGAGGAGGGAGAAGGCAGCGGGGUAAAACGACCUCCUCGACAGCGAAAAGUUCCCAAAAAUGUGCUUACAAGAAUGCCACUGCUUGCUGGCAGUCCAUUAGGGGAGCUCAACAGGUGUGUCCAGGAGAAAAUCAGAGUCAGAGUUCACAUUCGAACCUUUAAAGGACUUCGUGGAGUGUGUUCUGGCUUUGUGGUGGCAUUUGAUAAGUUCUGGAACCUGGCAAUGAUGGAUGUGGAUGAAACAUACAGGGAGCCCCUGUUGGGAGAGGCUCUCUACCAUGAGAAGGCACUUACUGUCACAAGGCUGUUUGAAAAGCUAAAAGUGCAAGAGACUGUGGCUCUCAGUGUGGCUGAAAGAAAGACAGAGGAUAACCCUUCUGAGCCAGACACCCAGAGUUGUUCGUCUCAAUAUCGCACCAGAGACAGAACCAGGAGGAGCACUAACCCCAAACAUACCCUGGAAAGAUCCACAGUCAAGAGUACAUCAAAAGUGACACCAAAAUCUGAUAUCAAGCCUAUGGUGGCUUACGGAAGAGUGCACACAUGUCAUGUCAAUCAGCUUUUUAUUCGAGGGGAAAAUGUACUUCUCGUAAAUAUACAAAAGGACUAAAGACUUAUUAAAUAAAAUCUUUAGGUCUCUUACUGUAUCAUAUUGAUAUACAU